AUGCAGACUGCUUCUACAAACAUUUGUGAAAGACUGUGCAAUAAGUACAUCCGUGACAUUUCCUGGCUACUAAAUAUUCCACGGUCAGCUGUUAGUGGGAUUAUAACAAAGUGGAAGCAACUGGGAACAACAGCAACUCAGCCUCCAAGUGGUAGGCCACGUAAAAUGACAGAGUGGGGUCAGCGCAUACUGAAGUGCACAGUGCACAAAAGUCGCCAACUGUCUGCAGAGUCAAUAGCUAAAGACCUCCAAAUUUCCUGUGGCCUUCAGAUUAGCACAACAGUGUAGAGAGAUGUUCAUGGAAUGGGUUUCCAUGGCCGAGCAGCUGCAUCCAAGACUUACAUCACCAAGUGCAAUGCAAAGUAUCAGACACAGUGGUGUAAAGCACGCCGCCAAUGGACUCUAG